AUGGCAGACCGAUUCAUACUCUACUCUGCGGCAACCGACAUCAUCAGCGGCAAUUCCUCCAUCAGAAUUAUGAACAGCACCUUCGAGGCGGACAUAGACGUCAUCUCCAUCGACUACACCAUCGGAGCGAUCGUGGUGCUGGUGACCGCCUACAUGCAGGUUGCCUUCUGGAGUUUGGCAGCCGGGCGGCAGGUCAGACGCAUCCGCGAGCGUUUUUUCCAAAGCAUCAUGCGGCAGGACGUCGGCUGGUUUGAUGUCAACAAAACGGGAGAGCUCAACACUCGUCUCACAGACGACAUCUAUAAGAUCCAAGAAGGUAUUGGAGACAAACUGGGGAUGCUGAGCCAGUCCUUUUCCACCUUCAUCUUAUCCCUCAUCAUCAGUUUCAGCAAAGGAUGGAAGCUGACUCUGGUCAUCCUGGCCAUCAGUCCCUUGCUGGGUCUGUCAGCUGCUUUUUUCAGUAAAGUGCUGACGUCCUUCACUUCCAAAGAACAGGCCGCCUACGCCAAAGCCGGGGCCGUGGCAGAGGACGUGCUUUCUUCCAUCAGGACCGUGUUUGCCUUCAGUGGUCAGCAGAGGGAGAUUGACAGGUAUCACAGCAACUUGGAGGAGGCUAGGAAAAUGGGAAUGAAGAAGGCAUUAAGUUCAAGCAUAUCUUUGGCUUUCUCCUUCAUGAUGAUCUACCUGUCUUACGCCCUGGCCUUCUGGUAUGGGAGUACGCGUGUUCUGAGUAACGAGUACACGAUGGGAACUGUACUUGCAGUUUUAUUUGCUUUGCUUCUUGGAGUGUUUGCGUUGGGCCAGACCGCACCAAACAUCGAGGCCUUCGACGUUGCUCGAGGAGCCGCGUAUACGGUGUACAGCAUCAUCGACAACAAACCCAGCAUCGACAGCUAUUCGGAAAGUGGCCUCCAGCCUGACUUCAUCAAUGGGAACAUAGAGUUCAAGAACAUCCACUUUAAAUACCCCUCAAGGCCAGACGUCAAGGUAUUAAACAACAUGUCCCUGAGCGUGAAGAGUGGACAGACCAUGGCCUUGGUAGGAAGCAGUGGCUGUGGAAAAAGCACCAGCAUCCAGCUGUUGCAGAGGUUCUACGAUCCUCAGGAGGGAUCUAUAUCUAUCGGCGACCACGACAUCCGUUCUCUGAAUAUCCGCUACCUGCGAGAGAUGAUCGGAGUGGUGAGUCAAGAGCCCAUCCUUUUUGCCACCACCAUCGCAGAGAACAUCCGAUACGGCCGACUUGACGUGACGCAGCAGGAGAUAGAGCAAGCUGCCAAGGAGGCCAACGCCUACGACUUCAUCAUCAACCUUCCUGAUAAGUUUGAGACGCUGGUCGGGGAACGAGGGACUCAGAUGAGCGGAGGGCAAAAACAGAGGAUUGCAAUUGCUCGGGUGCUAGUCCGGAACCCCAAAAUCCUUCUGCUAGAUGAAGCAACAUCUGCUCUGGAUGCUGAGAGUGAGACUAUUGUACAGGCGGCACUGGACAAGGCCAGACUGGGUCGUACCACCAUCAUUGUGGCCCAUCGUCUCUCAACUAUCAUAAACGCUGACAUCAUCGCCGGCAUAGAGAACGGAGAGGUCGUGGAGUUGGGGACUCAUAGCCAACUGAUGGAAAAACACGGGCUUUACCACAAUCUGGUCACUAUGCAGACCUUUGAGAAAGACAAGCAGCAGUCUGACAAGCAAGAUAAGAACCCACAAUCCAACAAUUCAUCUGAACCUAAACCUCAUAGGAGGAAGUCUAGAAGAGGUUCUUCCUUUUCAGAUUCGGAAGGAAAGAAAGAAGAGAAAGAAAAGCUGGUGGAUCCCAAAGAUGAGACGGAGUGUGAAAACGUACCACCAGUGUCGGUCCUCAAAGUGAUGCGUUACAACGUUCCCGAGUGGCCUUACAUUUUGCUGGGUCUGAUCUCUGCCAGCAUCUAUGGAACAAUCCAUCCUAUCUACUCUGUCAUCGUGUCCAAGUUUAUCAGCGUGUUUGCUGAGCCUGAUCACGAGACUAUCAGAAAAAACACUGAAUUCCUUUCCAUUAUGUUCAUGGUGCUUGGAUUUGCAUCUUUUUUCACGUUGUUGCUAAAGGGUUUCUGUCUUGGUAAGUCUGGAGAGAUCCUGACCAUGAAACUGAGACUUGCAUCGUUCAAGGCCUUGAUGAGGCAGGACAUCGGCUGGUUUGAUGACCCGAGACACAGUGUUGGAAUCCUAACGACAAGGCUGGCCUCAGACACUGCUCAAGUCCAAGGGGUUACUGGACUACGUUUGGCCACCAUGAUCCAGAAUAUUGCCAACCUGGGAACUUGUCUGAUUCUGGCCUUUACGUACGGCUGGAAGCUGACUCUGGUCGUACUCAUCAUAGUGCCCUGGGCAAGCCGCAGGGGAAAGAAAGGAGCUGGAGAAAGCUGGAAAGGUGAGGAUUGA